AUGGCGGGUUCUUGGAUCAGCGGCGGUCGCCUCGGGCUUGUCUCCCUCUUGAAGCUCGCCCUUCUGGCGGUCCGUACAUCCUCCGCCGCCGACUUAAUCACGGCGAACCAGUCGCUCUCCGGCGAGCAGAUCCUCGUCUCCUCCGGCGCCGGUGACUUCGUUUUGGGGUUCUUCUCCCCGACGAGAAGCGGGAGCAGAAGAUUCUACGUGGGCAUCUGGUACGGGAAGGUCUCCCGGUCGGAGAAGAAGGUGGUCUGGGUGGCGAACAGGGAGGCCCCCGUCUCCGAUCCUGCCGCCUCGGAGCUCGCCAUCUCCGGCGACGGCAACCUUGUCCUGAUCGACCAGUCCAGAACCCCCGUAUGGUCCACCAAUACAAGCGCCGGCGGCGGCAGCGCUGCUGCCGUCGUGGCGGAGCUCCUCGCCGGCGGGAACCUCGUCCUCCGGGACGCCGUGAACUCCAGCCGGAUCUUCUGGCGGAGCAUCGACCACCCCACCGACACCUGGCUUCCUGGCGGCAAGGUGGGUCUGAACAAGGUGACGGGGGAGAACCAGCGGCUCACCUCAUGGAGGAGCUCCGAGGAUCCGGCCCCAGGGAUCUUCUCCUUGGAGAUCGACCGCAACGGGACCAGUCAGUACCUGAUCUUCUGGAACAGGUCUAGGGUUUACUGGAGCAGCGGGCCCUGGAACGGGGAGAUCUUCAGCUUGGUGCCGGAGAUGACGAGGAACUUUGUCUACGACUUCAAGUACUUCGAUGACGACACAGAGAACUACUUCACCUACUCCGUGAAGCCCAGCUUCAAUCUCACCACCAGGUUCGUCAUGCACGUCUCCGGCCAGAUCAAGCAGUUCACCUGGGUGGACAACUCGCAGCAGUGGAUCCUCUUCUGGUCGCAGCCGAGGGCGCAGUGCGACGUGCACCUCCUCUGCGGGCCCUUCAGCGUCUGCAACGAGAGGAUCGCGCCUCACUGCGGAUGCCUGAGGGGCUUCGAGGAGGCCUCGCCGGCAAGCUGGAUCCUAGACGACCACACAGCGGGUUGCAGGAGGAGGACCCCCCUGCUCUGCGCCGACGCCGGCGCCGGAGAGGAGGACGAGUUCUACGAGAUGGCAAACGUCGAGUUGCCCGACGACAGGCGGUCCGUGCCGGCGGCGAGCACCGGCGAGUGCGCUGCAGCGUGCCGGGGGAACUGCUCCUGCACAGCCUACGCCUUCGACGGCGGGUGCUCUGUCUGGUAUGGGGGGCUGGCCAAUCUGCGGCAGCUGGGCGACCACGGAGGAAGACUCUUCCUCCGCCUGGCAGCUUCCGAGUUUACAGGUUCAAAGUCCGGCGAGGGGAAGAUCGUAGGGGCUGCGGUGGGGGCGGCGGUAGCGGUGGGGGCUCUGAUGGUCACCUUGUUGGCGCUGCUGUGGAGGCGACGGCGGAGGCGGCGGUUCAGUGCGCUGCGAGUGGCGGACGGCGGCCUGGUCGCCUUCUGGUACGGUGAUCUCCGCCGGAUGACGAAGAACUUCUCCGAGAAGCUCGGAGGAGGAGGAUUCGGGUCGGUGUUCUUGGGGACGAUGGCGGAGGGCAACGUCGUUGCCGUCAAGAAGCUGGAGGGGAUCAGGCAAGGGGAGAAGCAGUUCCGCACGGAGGUGAGCACCAUUGGAACGAUCCAGCACGUCAACCUAGUUCGCCUCCGAGGGUUUUGCUCGGAUCGCUCGAGGAGGCUGUUGGUCUACGAUUACAUGCCCGGAGGUUCACUGGACCACACUCUGUUCGGAGACCAGGCAGCGCCGACGGUGGGGUGGAAGACGAGGUACCAGAUAAUCCUGGGGAUCGCAAGGGGGCUGGCUUAUCUCCAUGAGAGCUGCAGGGACUGCAUCAUCCACUGCGACAUCAAGCCGGAGAACAUUCUCCUCGACGGAGAGUUCGUCCCCAAGGUGGCUGAUUUCGGCCUGGCGAAGCUCGUGAGGAGGGACUUCAGCCGCGUGCUGACCACCAUGAGAGGAACCAGAGGCUACCUCGCGCCGGAGUGGAUCUCCGGUGAGCCCAUCACUGCCAAGGCCGACGUCUACAGUUUCGGGAUGAUGCUCUUCGAGAUCAUCUCCGGGAGGAGGAACUCGGAGGAGAAGGGAGAGGAGGAGAACCAGGCCGGGUUCUUCUUCCCCUCGUGGGCUCUGCGAAAGCUGGGGGAGGGGGACAUCGCCGCCCUGCUGGACCCGAAGCUGAAGGGCGACGCCAAUCUGGAGGAGUUGGAGAGGGCGGCGAGGACCGCCUUCUGGUGCAUUCAAGACGACGACAGCAGCCGCCCCUCGAUGACGCAGGUGGUGAAGAUUUUGGAGGGCUUCGUCGAGGUGGGCAUGCCGCCGCCCCCGAGGUCCCUGCGGCUCCUCGGAGAGGCCCCGGAGAGCAUCGCCUUCUUCUCCAGCAAGCCCGGCAGUUGCAGCUCGGCGGUCCCCGACGGCGGCGGCGUCUCCGCUGGGGCUCAGCCGAAAAGCGCCUCUUUGACGACCCCAGCGGACUGA